AUGAAAGUGCUCCUUCUUCUUCUUACUCCCGCUCGAUCAGGGAGAAUGACUCUUUUAAAUCUAGGAUCCGACCACUAUUUGGUACACUGGACUAUGUUGGUUUCCAAGAGAUCACUGAUAAACAGGUACUCCCGGAUGGAAGGUACAUAUCGGAGAAAGAAUUCUAUUGCGCAACGGCAGACGCAUCUAACCGCUGAACUUACAUUGGAACCCAUCGCCGUGAUCGGAUCGGCUGGGUGA